GAGAAAGUAAAUCUAAACAGGAAGGUCUAAUGCUGGAUUCUUACAAUGUUCUUGCAAGAACGUAAUAUUAACAGAAUUUAUUCAGAGACUCACAAUUAUUAACACUUAAUACUGAGUUUAAGCAUUUGUGUCCUUCAGAGAUGAAGAUCAUUUAUAUGACUCUACUGAUCAUCUCUGGAAUAACAGAUUCAAGAUCAGAGCAGUAUAAUGUAGUUGGACCCACUGAUCCUGUUCUUGCUGUGGCUGGUGAAGAUGUGAUUCUGCCCUGUUACAUCAAACCCAACAGCAGUGCUGUGGACAUGAGAGUGGAGUGGUAUAGACUUGAUUUACAAGACUCAGUUGUGCAUCUCUAUCAGGAUCAUAAAGACACAAACACAGAUCAGAUUCAGUCUUACAGAGGGAGAACACAACUGUUCAAACAAGAACUACAGAAAGGAAACACAUCACUCAAACUCUCAACAGUUCAACUCUCUGAUGAAGGACGUUACAAGUGUUUCAUUCAGUCUGAAUCCUGGUAUGAUGACAUCACUGUUAAUGUCACAGUUGAAGCUGUAGGAACUCCUCCACUGAUCACAAUAGAUGGGUUUGAUCAUUCUGGAGGGGUUCAUCUACACUGUGAAAUCAAAGGCUGGUACCCUGAACCUGAGCUUGUGUGGCUGGACCGUGAAGGAGUCACUUUGAAAUCUGAAGCUACAGACACACACAGAGACACAGACGGAUUCAGAGUGAAACACACCAUCACUGUAUAUAAUAGUGACAGCAAAUAUCACUGCAGAGUCAAACUGAGACAUCACAUGCUGGAGACAGAGAUUAUUACCUCCAGUAAAAUGUUAAAUUCUUUGAGGCUGUUUGUCAUCUGGACUUCAGUUGCAGUUGUGUUCAGUGUGAUUGCUGUAAUACUGAUCGCAGCUUUUAUUCAUAAACACAGAGAUUUAAACAGAGAGAAGAUGAAAAAUCAAGCAGAUUUAAACAGAGAGAAGAUGAAAAAUCAAGAAGAUUUAAACAGAGAGAAGAUGAAAAAUCAAGCAGAACACAGUCGACUUUUACAGAGACAGAAGAUCAUUGUCCCAUAUGUGUCCACACAUUUCAGAAAACAUGCAGUGACUGUGACUCUGAAUCCUGAUUCAGCUCAUCCACGUCUCACUGUGUCUGAUGACGGGAAACAAGUGAGAGACGGAAACACACGAUCAACAGAAGUGAACGACAGAGAAAAAGAGCAAAGUGACACGUUUGAUGAAUAUCUUGCUGUCCUGGGAAAGGAAGGAUUCUCCUCAGGGUGUUUUUACUUUGAGGUGCAGGUGACGGGGCAAACUAGGUGGGAUUUAGGAGUCACCAGAGAAUCCAUUGACAGGAAGGGGUAUUAUUAUCUGAAACCUGAGAUGGGAUACUGGACUGUGAAGAGAUAUGGGAUAUAUUGGGCUUGUGAUUCUCAACAUGUCUCUCUUUCCCUGCGUAAGAAGCCACAGAGGGUGGGUGUGUUUGUGGAUUAUGAGGAGGGUCUGGUCUCCUUUUAUGAUGUGGAGGACAGGUCUCAUAUCUACUCUUUCACUGGUCAGUCUUUCACUGAGACACUCUAUCCAUUUGUUGGUUUAGGUUAUUAUCGGAAUGUAAACCCUGCACCACUGAUCAUCUGUAAUGAUUUCUAAUGAGAUUAAUUUACAGAUGAAUGUAUUUACAACAGCAAAGAUGACAAAAUAAAAUAAUGAUUCACUCUCAGACAAAAAUACACAGUUUAAAGUACAAAUCUGCCAUUGGAUUAUUUACCCUUAUUUUGGUGCCAUAUGUGUUUGAUCAAAACAAAAACGUAUUUUUUUCUUCUUCCCCCUCAGAGCAACAAAAAUAUAAUUGUACAUUUAAAAGUACACAAAAGAUAUUUAGGGUGCAAUUUUGUACCCAAAAUGAGUAAUACAUUUUAUCAAUCAUGAUGUUGAUUGGACAUGAAUAACAAAUCUUUAAAAUGCAAAACAAAUGAAUACAUUAAAUAAAGCAAAUAAAAUGAAAUAGAAUAAAUGUUGAAUGUUAUAGUAAAUAUCUUGUAUUAACUGAAACUAAGAUUAAGUCUAAUGCUAAAAUCUCAAUCAACACGAAGUAAAAUAAACUGUGGAGAGGUCACGAGGUCUGAGAGUGAAGCAGAAAGCCCAAGAGAGAGUUGAGCAGAUAUUAUAUUAUAAUUUAUAGCCCAAAACAUGCAUGUCAUAUUCCCUUAAACAGAUCAGAUGUUUUGUCUGGAUUCCACUGAUGUUAGUAAUUAUCUCUUAUUACAAAAUAAUGAUUAAAAAUGUCCGUUUGUUUCUUCAAGGUGCAACAAUAGACCUUACACAUAUAGCAGAACUGUUAUGACCCUGUGGUGUUUUGUGUGUGUAACAUUGUAGUUUUCUAUCUGUGUUUGUGUGUUGUGAGAUACUUCCUGAUUGGCUGCUAUUCAAGUAUAGAAGAUGAUCUGCAAGUAUGUGCAGAAUUAGCAGCAAUAAUAAAAGUAUAUUUGAUAUUUUAUUAGUGUUGCCCUUUUAGUGUCACAUGGCAUCACUCAAUCUGGAUUGGUGGCAUAUGAUUUGUGGCCAAUGUGUAUUUUAAUAAUAAUAAUCUGUAUACUUUAUAUACUCUAGGGGUGUAACAGCAUGAGUAUGAUAACGUCACAAAAAAUACCUCAGUAUUACUAAUAUUAUUUACAGUUUCAUAUUUAGUUAUACAAUUAGUUACAUUUUGACUUUUAACUACUAAUAUACUUGAAAAUGAAAAUGAGUUCUGUUCCUCAGGUCGAGUUUCAGAGUUGUUUUGAGUGACAGGCAUCAAUCAUUUGGACAUACAGUAUGAUGCUGACAUUUACACGUUUACAUUUAUGAGAGAGAAAAUAAACAUACUUUUAAGCAUCUCUUCAGCAUGAAACAGUUCAAAUGGGGCAGUUUUCAGGCUGUGUUGCCCAGUGUCAAGUUUCAACACAUUCAAAAUAUACAGU